AUGGCAAAAGAUAACCAUCCCGUCCACACAGCUUUCUCUAUUUUGACGCAAGGAUUAUUGGAUGAAAUUAUCAAGUCCGUAUAUGUUGAUCCCCAAUUCAAGCCUAUUCUUCCUUCCAAGGAUCAUCCAAUUAACGUCUCUCCAGAAGGCUACGUCGGUGUUUACACAAUGUUCUUUAGGUCUGGGCUCCGCCUACCUGCCUUUGAGUUCUUGAAUUCCAUUCUCGGCCUCUUAAACCAUGACCAUGACCCCAACCCUGAACUUAAUGUAGACGAACUUUCCACUGUCGACCGAUUGGUUUCUAGUUAUGUCAAAUGGUAUGAUCCUAACAACUCAAUACUGGAACUUGCCAGACUAGAAGGAGUCCUCUAUGUAGUCGACAAACCUCCUGCUCCGACUCUUCGUGCCCAAUCAAGCACGCUUCUUGAACGCCUUCUCCAAAAUCAUAAUACCCCUUCUUCUAAAGUUGCUAAGCGGCCCACCAUGAGAUCCAGAACUCCUGACAAAUGUGAGGCUGUAUUGGAGUCUAAAUCUAGCAUCGACUCCCUCACACAACCCGAGCCUGGUGAUCUCGUUGUGAUCUCGUCGUCUCCCCCCAACAAAAGAAAAAAGAAAGACGAUUGA